AUGUCAUGUCCACUGCAAAGAUUAGAAUUCAAAUAUUUAAAAAUUAGUCAACAUUAUUCAUCGGAGAACGAUUCGGAUGUUUCAUUGUCAACAACAAAUGAUAGUGUUAUUGCUGAUAGUGCUACUGAUAGUACCGCCAACACAAAAGCAAUAGCAAUGACAUCUGAAAUUGAAAUUACUGAAAUUGUAAAAGAAGGUGAAAAAGCAGAUCCAUCACAAUUUGAACUAUUAUCCAUGAUUGGACAAGGUUCAUUUGGUAAAGUGUUACUCGUGAAGAAAAUACGUGGGCGUGAUGCUGGACAAUUGUUUGCGAUGAAAAUUCUCAAAAAAGCUACUCUAAAAGUUCGUGAUCGAUAUCGUACAAAAGCGGAACGUGAUAUUUUAGCUCGAUUUCAUCAUCCAUUCAUUGUUCGACUUCAUUAUGCAUUUCAAACGGAGGGGAAAUUGUACUUGAUCCUUGAUUUCCUACCUGGUGGAGAUCUUUUCAAUCGUCUUUCUAAAGAAGUAAUGUUCACCGAAGAUGAUGUCAAAUUUUAUAUGGCGGAAAUUGCAUUAGCUCUUGGACAUUUACAUUCGUUAGGUAUCGCAUACCGAGAUUUGAAACCAGAAAACGUUUUAUUAGAUGCUGACGGGCAUAUUAAUCUUACGGAUUUUGGAUUGUCUAAAGAAUCGAUUGAAAAAAAUGGGAAAACGUACAGUUUUUGUGGGACUGUGGAAUAUAUGGCACCAGAAGUGGUCAAUCGACGUGGACAUACGGUUGCAGCCGAUUGGUGGAGUCUUGGUGUUCUUAUGUAUGAAAUGCUAACUGGUGAUCUUCCAUUUCAUGGUAGUAAUCGUCGGGAAACAAUGUCAAUGAUUUUGAGGGCAAAAUUAACAAUGCCACAAUCAUUAUCAGUUGGAGCGCAACAUUUACUGAGAGCGCUUUUCAAGCGCAAUCCAGCAAAUCGUUUAGGUUGCACGACUGAUGACGUGCAACAGAUCAAAUCACAUCCAUUCUUUGAUACAAUUAAUUGGGAGAAAUUAUAUAGGCGAGAAGUUCAACCACCAUUCAAACCGUUAUGCACACCAAGCAAUCAUACACGUUGUUUCGAUCCGGAAUUCACCAAAAAAACACCUCAUGAUUCACCUGCUUUACCGCCAUCUGCAACUGCUCAUGAAUUAUUUCGUGGCUUCAGUUUCGUUGCUCCCUCUAUUCUUUCUAGUGAUAAGCCAAAUUUAUCAGUUAAUGUCAUCACGUCACAUCUUCAGGGAGCUGAAAAAACGCAUAUUUUCGAUGAAUACAAUUUCAUUGAGAAUCUUGGAGUUGGCUCAUUUUCAGAGUGUAAGAAAUGUGUACAUAGAAAAUCUGGUGCUGAAUUUGCUGUGAAGGAAGUUGACAUUCUAAGGCGUUACUCACAUCAUCCAAAUGUUGUCAAAUUGUAUGCCGUUUAUGAGGAUAGUACAAAUGUCUAUUUGGUGGAAGAGUUAUGCAAAGGUGGUGAAUUAUUGAAUCGAAUUAUGACAUUAAAGCAUUUCUCGGAAAGAGAAGCUGCUGCUGUAAUGUUACGACUUGCAAAUGCUAUCAGUUAUUUGCAUUCAAAUCAG